AUGGAUACAAUUGAUUUAAAUGAAAAUAAAAUUCGAGAAGAUUUUAAAAUUAGUGAUACAAUGCAACGUGAAAGUGCGAUAGCUGAUGACUAUUGGAAUUAUAUAUUCAAACAUGGAAAGAAAGAUCAAGUUGAAGUUGCAAUACAAAAUAUAGAACGAAAACUUCAUGAUUUACAAGAACAAAUACAUAGUACUAAUAACCAAGUAUCAAAUUAUGAUCAACAAUGGUUUUCAUCUGAUCCUUAG